CCGACAGUUUGACUAUCCACUGGGCAAUUGCCUGCAUAACAACUCUGACUUUCGUUUAUCCACAUCUUUACUACAUAAUAAUGCGCUCCUUGAACUGCGAAACCAUGUUACUGAACGGCCAUUAACCAUUCUUGUUUUUCACUCUUUAGCUCGCUCACCGCCUAAACUGCGCUCCUCCGCUCCGAUUUUCUCCACCACUGAAGGAACAUUCUGAAGGAACAUUCUGAAGGAACAUUCUGAAGGAACAUUCUGAAGGAACAUUUGCUCCACCAUGUCCACAGCCAAACUCCUCCCUCGCUCUCGUCCUCUCCCCUCUCUGUCCCGUCUCAAUCUCCAUCAAUCUCCCCGACGAACCUUCCUCCCGAACCCCUCCGCCAUCCUCUCCCCGCUCACCAGCGGUGCCCCCCAAACCCUCACGACAACCCGCACCCUGCCCUAUCCCUCUACACCAAUAUACACAGUAAUAUCCGACAUCCAAUCGUACUCCCAAUUCCUCCCCUACUGCCUCUCUUCCACCGUCACCAAAUGGUCCGCCCCAGACAAAACAUACAAUAAGCGUUGGCCCAGCGAGGGCAAGUUAGAAGUGGGAUGGAAAGGUAUCACCGAGUCGUUUACCACGCGCGUCUUCUGCAUACCGGGCCAAGUCGUCGAGAGUAUCGGCGGGUCAGCAGUAUCGAGUCUUCCGUCGCAUGCGAUAGCGCAUCAUACAACAGAACAGGAGCGAAGGCAUGCGGGAGAAGAGGAGGAGCGACUAUUGUCGCAUUUGCUGUCGAGAUGGGAGCUUACGCCGCUGGGACAAAAUGCGAUGAAGGUGACCUUGGCGCUGGAAUUCGCGUUUGCGAACCCGAUUUAUUCGGCACUGAGUGCGGGCGCGGCACCUAAGGUAGCGGAUAUCAUGGUCAAGGCAUUUGAAGAUAGGGUGAGGGAGGUGGUGGAGCGGGAUCCGGGGCUGCUGCGUAGGAGGUUAGGGGACGUGGAAGCAGGGGCUGGGUGUCCAAGUUGAGACGAUGGCUGAAGAGAGGGAUUUGAGGACCAUGCUGUACCGCACUUGUUGCUCACUUCCGAGGUUCAAGUAAAGGUUAGACGGCAAGGGCAGUCAGAGGGCAAGAUAUGUUCGUAUUGUAUGAGUGUUUUGAGAGUGGGGAGGAUAUGUAACAUAACGAAGCAGAGCAUUUGGACAUAUAGUCCAAGGGUAGCGAUAGAGAAUAUAGUGCAGGAUAGUUCUGCUUAUAGAAGUUGAUUAGAAUACAUAGAAUUAGAA